CUCUUAUGACGUUCAAAAGUUGGAAAUAAAUAUUUAGUCUUUGUGACAAGGGACUAAUAACAUUCUUAGAAAUGGCAAAAUUAAAACAAAGUUUUAUCUACAAACAAUGACUUAUAUGAUGAAAGAAUGGAGGUGGGGAUAAAAGAGAUCUAAUAUGGAGACUCAGCAUUUAAUCUGUUGAAAAUUAUUUAUUUUGAUUUAAAAAAUUUAAAAGUGUCACAAUUUUAUUUAAAAAAACAAUACCACGUAAUAUAUCAUAACAAUUCCAAUAAAUUUUCAAUAAGAUAUUAGGGCGUCACAAUAGACAAAGGAAUUCAUGAAAAACUAUAUAGAAUUCUUUUAUAUGAUUGCUCGUUAUGAUUUCAAAGGAUAUAUAUAUAUAUAUAUAUAUUUCUUUUUCGUCCAUGCUACUUUCUUUGUCUAUUACCCUUUAUAUAGGAUAACAACUGAAAGUGGAUUCUUUUGUUUGCUGUGUUUUUCUCCUUCAAUUAUUUCACCUCUAUCAUAUCUGUUCAUACUUUGUGGACAAGAUAAUGUUCAGGGGCACUUAAUCAGCAUCCCUUAUCAUCUUUUCCCCAAUGAGGGCUAAAAGUGAUAAAAUAAAUCGUCCCCACAUUCAAUCAGGGAAAAAGAAAGGAUUGGGGGCUGACAAAAUUAUUGCCAACAACAAAUGAGGCAUAUUGUUAUUGAUAAUUUAAAAAAUGUUCAUCAACUAUAGGGAAAUUAUUUGUACUUAAAGUAUUAAAAUUUUAUCCUCAUUUACUUCAUUUCUAAUUUUAUUAUUUUUCUAUCUCAAACAUUUUUCAAUGAUAAUCACGUCAAUGUUGUCGAUAUGCUUUUUUCGACAAACGCAUGAGAAGUAAUUUUCUUUCUAGAAUUUAUAAUGUCACUUUUUUAUUUUUUUUUACUUUCCUUUAUGAAAAAAAUUAAUCAUAUCAAUGUUUAUACUUAUGGUAAAUCAAUCAAAACAAUCAAAUAAGGUAUGUUUUUCAACAGUUAGUAAUACUAUAAUACUAAUGUUUCCUUCUAUGUUAGAUUCUGUCAUAACUUCGAUUCUAUGUCAGGAACGAUUAAUUUCUUAGAAAGGUGCAAAUUACAAAAUUCCAAGAGCUUACAAGGAGGAACCAAACCCCAUUACCAGCAUCUCAUAUCCUGUUCUUGUCCCAUCUGCAACAAGUAUGAAUAAACUCAUGCGUCAGAUACUAACAGCUCUCCUGCUUAUUCUAAUCCUUGAAUUCUUAGCAACAACAUCAGUUUCAGUUACAAAGAAAGGAGUGGAUUUGAUACAAGAAACUUGCAAACACACUGGUUUUUUCAAUCUUUGCGUCUCAUCUCUUAGAUCAGACCCCCGAAGCUCAAAUGCAGACCUUGAAGGUCUUGCUCGAAUAUCAGUCGAGAUUCUCCAGGACAAGGCUAAGGACACUCUAACUUACGUUGGAAACCUAUUCAAACAUGUUUCAGACCCUGUUCUAUACAGAUCCUACGGCAGCUGCAUCGAAUACUACCGGGCUUCUGUCGAAAGGCAACUUCCGGAAGCCAUUGAUGCUUUGGCUUCUAAAAACUAUGUGACAUCCAAAAAUGAUGCAGCAGCUGCAGCUACUAAUGUAGACUCAUGUGAACAGCAAUUCGCUAACAAAUCACCAUUUAAUGAUAGGGAUAAAGUGGUUCAUGAUCUUGCUCUUGUGGCAUCUAGCAUUAUAGGUUUGUUGGGUUAACUCGUUUAUCAUUGUUCAUGGCCGAGCAUCCGAUUGAUUUUUAAGCAUCCAUAAAAGCAUUGAUGUCCGACUCUGAACUAUGAACAUGUUCAAUAAACUGGAAAGGAUUUAAAUUCAGUUGGCAAUCUAUGUUUGUUAUUCUUUUCUUGGUAAGGCAGUCCGGUAUCCUUAGGUUUGCAUACGCCUAAGCCUAAUUCCCUUCCGGUUGAUUCCAAUUGUAAGUCCUCUACAAUUGGGCCGUUAAGUUUAAGGACCAAUGGAUCGAUGCAAAGUUUUGUUUUAGCUAAAACGGUUCAAGCAUCAAACCCUUUAACUUUGACAAAGUUGAUUUUUAUUUAAAAAAGAAAAACCUCUGGAAACCAAUUUAUUAGAAUUUUGUUAUUCUAUAAUCCUCUUAGUAUUAUGAUGGAUAAUGAGAAUGGCCUUUAUC